CUUAAAAUAAACAAACAACCUUUUGCUCUUACUACUGAUGAUGAAUCAGAAAUUAUCACUAAAUUAUCUUUCAAAGAAUACAAAGAAGAACUUAAUAAGAUCAGUUUUCCUCAUUACAAAUAUGUUGCUCAUGUAUUUAACUUUGCUGCUAAAUAUGCUUUAGAUAUUGAUGACUCUUCUGUUAAAAAGCUUACAAAAUAA